AUGCCAUAUAACAUGUCACUUCUGAUGAUUUUGAGAAUAACACUUCUCGCAAAUGCGGCGAAUGCGUUUCAUCUUUCCACUAGUUAUGGCGUGCAAGGUUUCCAACUAGCUUCACUUUCCAAAUCACACUUCCUGCCAUCACCGCAUCUUUCUCCUUCCGCUUUGCAGAGCACCGAAACGAACGUUGAGACUAAAAGCGAAGGUGAUGCUUCUGCCAUUCGAUCCAUCACCUUUUCUGGACUCCAAGAAGAUCAAGAACCCCAACUACUAUGCAACUUUUUAAUGGAACUCGGUGCUUGCUCGACGGCUAUUACGGAUUCGGACAAGGGAACCCGCGACGAACAGGCCAUUUUCCACGAAUUCGAUACGGGUACCAUGACCAGAACCGCCGUGACAACCCAUGUUUGGAACAAUUGCAAUGUUUCAGCCCAUUUUCCGGCUUCGACAGACCUUCAAUGGAUCAUGGAAAUUGUUCAAGAGACCUUUGAAGACUUGCCCAAGUAUUCCGUCGAGCAAGUGGAAAAUAAGGAUUGGGUGCUUCAUGUCCAACAAUCCUGGAAUCCAAUAGUUCUUCCUCCAUUUUGUCUUCGAUUUCCAUGGCAUUCGGACGAUCUUGUGGAACAAAAACUCAAGGAAUCCAACGUCAACGUCGAAGAUGCUGUGCAUAUUCAAUUGCAAGGAGGUAUUGCCUUUGGAACGGGCGAACACCCGACGACCCAACUCUGUUUGAAUUGGAUUUCUAAUAUCAUUGAGAAAGAUUCCUCUCAAGACGAUCGUGUCCAAUUGGUCAUGGACUAUGGUGCGGGCUCGGGAGUCCUCGGGAUGGCCGCGUGCAAACUGGACGAUACAAUUAGCGCUGUGGGAGUAGACAUUGAUGUCGAUGCUGUACACAUCGGUAACCAAAAUGCCGAAAUGAACAAUGUCAACAUGAAGAACUACCUGAGCGACUUGGUGCAGACCAAGGAUGACGAAUCUCGCAGCCUGUUGCUUAAGGCCUACAGUAGCAAGGAGGGAGAUGUUGCGGAGACAUUGCCGGAUGAUAUGAAUGGACCCAUCUACGAUGCCUGUGUGGCAAAUAUAUUGGCAGGACCUCUGGUAUCGUUGGCACCUAUUUUAGCAGGUUUACUGAAGGCGGGAGGGAAGUUGGGGCUAAGCGGCAUAAUGGAGUCACAAUCCGACAUGAUUUUGGAGGCCUACAAGCCGUUCUUCGAUGAUGUUAUCGUGGAAGACACCGAGGGAAUUUGGGUGCUAGUGACGGGUACAAAAAAGGAGUAG